AUGGCUGGAGCUGGCAGAGGCGAAGGGCAGGGGCCGGCCGUCGGCAGACUGGAGUCUAAUAUCUAUUGUAUUAAAUACACUUUGUUUUGCUUCAAUGUCGUACUGUGGUUAUUCGGUGUUUCUAUAUUCGCUCUAUGUCUAUGGAUAUGCAUUGAGCCAGGAUUCAACGAAUGGAUGAGGAUCUUGCAACUCCAGAACUAUUUCAUAGGUAUCUAUAUAAUCCUCAUAGCGUCCCUCGUCACCAUGGUGGUAGCUUUCCUUGGAUGUGGUUCAGCCCUGAUGGAAAAUGUUAUGCUAUUGUUUGCGUACAUAGGGACCCAAUUAGCCAUCUUUGUUUUCGGCCUUAUUGGAGCUUGUGUGGUCUUGGACUUCUCUACUUAUGACUCUAGCAUUCAGCCAAUUAUAAGAGAUGUAAUAGUCAGACUGAUGAACAAUCCACAGCACGAAGGCAGUCGCGAAAUUCUACGAAUGGUGCAAGAAGGAAUCGGUUGCUGUGGUGCCGAUGGCCCGUGGGACUACAUCAAUCUUAACAAACCUCUACCUGCUGAAUGUCGUGACUCGGUUACUGGUAACGCAUACUUCCAUGGCUGUGUAGAUGAGCUCACGUGGUUCUUGGAGGGUAAAACUGGAUGGCUAGCUGGUAUCAUGCUGGCAGCCUGUAUGAUUGCUGUCAUUAACGCCGUCAUGUCCCUGGUCCUUAUUCAAGCUGUCAAGAAAGAGGAGGAGGAGGUUACAAUAUAUAAGAACUAG